GUGCCAGUUGGGGGUCGAACAAAGCGCUAUAAAGGCUUUUGCUUUUUCAUUCGAAAAGCAGAAUCUUUUCUUUCCUCGCUUCGAGUAGCACUCUCGAUAUUAAACCAUUCAACAUGUUCAAACUGUGCAUUCUUUCCGUUCUUCUGACUAUCGUAUGCUCUGCACCUGCCCCUGUGCCGGGAGCGGUUUUGGCGGCACCCGCGGCUGCAAUCGCAGCAGUGCCAGCGCCGAUUGUGACGGCCAGUAGCAGCCAAGUGGUCGCCAGAAAUUACAACACGCUCGCCGCGGCUCCUCUGGCUGCAGCUCCGAUCGUCUACGCACCGACGCCUCUAGCAGCUUACAGCACUCAUGCCAUUGCACCUGCUGCAUACACUGCCUAUUCCGCUCCAGUUCUACUUAUUAUCGUACUGACUGCAAGCCAGACAUAUACGAGCUCCAAGAUGUUCAAACUGUUGUGCUUGUUCGCCUUUUUGGCAUUCGCCGCGGCUGCGCCGGCACCCGCACCCGCACCGGCACCCGGCGCGAUCAUCGGCGCCCCGCUUGUAACAUCUUACAGCGCUCCCAUCGUUUCCGCGCCGUUAGCUUACAGCGCAUACAGCCUACCGACUUAUAGCGCGUAUUCGGCAUACCCGGCCUUACCGUACGCGUAUAAGAGUUAUGCAGCCUACGUGGCCUAAUUGUCUAAACACCAGGGAAUACCAGAUACCAGGCAUCGGAGAUUAAGGACCAAUUUCCAUCGACGCAAAUUGAUCGGUCAACGCACACUUGAAAUCUUUUUCAAAAAUCAACCACGGAUUUGUUUAUCCGCGGUUCAUUCUCUUCAUCCCCUUCUCAUCCGUCAUCGAAUAAUUCCGCUCUUACAUUCCAUUAUCAAGAUCCAGAAUCAAUAAAGACGCUUAAAAGCAAUA